AUGGAGGGUUCGUCUAAAAGCAAUAAAAGAAAGAAAAUAGAAACGCUUAUGAAAAAGAACAAAAAAAGACAUGUGAUCAACAACAUUAUUAACUCACAUCUUGAGGGAAACACGAUGGACGAGAAGAAAUCAAGCGGGAGUAUUGAAAAAUGUGGGCAGGGGAGUUUCGGAGUUUUUGAGUUUCCGUGGAUGAAAGAGAGCAUGAUCUCAACCUCCCUUGAUUGGAGUCUACCAGGAUCUCUUUUUCCAGUCAUUGAUGAAGGAAAUGAGAUGUUUGAAGACAUUGGUGAAGUGAGAUGGCCAGUGAAAACGGUUAGUACUGAUAGGUUGGAAUUUGAGGCCAUUGAAUGCAUUUGGACUUCUAUUUCGGAUUAAUUUGUUAGCGUUGUACUGUCAAUUACAUUGAUAAUUUGAGACAGAGUGUAGGACGAAACAAGAUUUCCAAAGAAACUUUUUUUUUUUUGGUUUUUUUUGUUCCUUGUGUGU